CACGUUUCAUUAAUUGCUCAUUAAAACGUGUUUGAAACUUAAUUCAAUUACAUACAAUGAGUCUACAAAUAAUGCCGUAGUACGAGUGGUCCAAAUCAUCUUACUGGACAGUGAUAAACUUGCUAUUAUGUCAACUUAAAAGUCGGAAUUAUAUUAUGCGGAUGAAUUGAAAGCGUCAAAAUAUGUGUGAUACGGCAACAUUUAGAGAAAGUUUGAAACUUUUAUCAGAUUCUUACUUUACUGUUUACAUCUUAACUAAAAGCAAAUAUAAACGGAAAUAUGGAUAAUCGAUGAGGGAAAAUACUAACUGAAGUACACUUAAACUUCAUCAAUAACAGAACGGACAUAAUUACUUGGAUAUGUGUAAAGAAGAUUUGUAUUCAUUCAGCCUAGCCUGAUGAAUUAUAAUUAUUUUUUAGAUCUAUAAUUUAGAUCUUAUUUUUAAUUUUUGAACUUAGAGUUAAUUCAUAUAUCAAAACAAAACAAGCUAAAAUGCUUGCCACAAGUGAAAAAUUACCUCAUACUAAAGUGGUACCACCGACAACCAAAAAUGUGGACCCAAUAUUGUACCCAAGAGCUCGGACUCUACCCAUACUCAAUACUGGACAAUGCCAAAACACAAUAAUGUUAAAAUAUAUGGGUUACCAAUAUCCAGCAAUAUCAGAACAAUCAUACAAAGACCGAUCUGCUCAACAGAAAUGGGAACAUAAAAGAGGAUCAAGGCCAAUGCAUAAAACAACACUUUCCUUAGAGAGUAAACCCAUGUCAGAUAAGGAUACUUAUACAACCACGUCAAAACAGUUCCAUGGAGGUCGUAAAGACCUGGCACCCGCAGAGAUCCCUACCCCAGGGAUGAACAUGCACAUGAACCAGUUCAAUAUAGGCCCCACCCUAGAGAGGCAGUGGGGAACCCAAUAUGGGUCUCACUUCCGGGACAAGAAAGUUAAAACUCCAUUUGAAGUUCACUACCCUUCUUAUGACAAUUUUCUGAAACAAACUGAGGGAACUGGUGUUAAAAGCACAAUCAAGACUGCCCCCGAGCCACCUAGCUAUUGGUCACAGUAUAACCGAAUUCACAGUAAGCUUGGCAUGAUGCGGGGUAAUGGAGUUGCAAGGGAAUAUCCAGUCAGGGCAUCCUAUAACAUUUUAACAGGUGAAGAGACUGGUCCCGCAUGGCAAGAAGAAAACAGACGCUCUUCAGGCAACAGAGUCCUCUAUAGCAAACGACAAGACGCUGAUGAACGGUUCAUUCUCGGAUAAAAUCUAAUUGGACUUUAAAGUUUUAAAAUGCUUGUAGCAGAUUAGGCUAUUAUGCGAAAUAAAAUUCUUAAUUUCUUAUAUCCAAAAAGAAAAAAAGUAAUCAUAAAAAAAUGCAUGAUACUGUACCGUACUGUACUGUUUUGGGUACAGUACUGUUUGGUACUGUAAAAUAUGGUACUGUAGACACAAACAGUACCAUAUGGUAGCUUAGCAGAGAUAAGCACAAUCACAAAAUUAUAGAGCUUUUUGCUUUACACAAUCACUCACUUGAAUAUGCCAAAAAUAAAUAAACAGUAUUAUAAUUAUUAUUAUAUAUAAUUUGUUGUUCUGUUAUGCUGUAUAAUCAUAAAAUGGGAGCUUGAC